AUGAUCGCAGCUCCACGCCUGGCCGUCUCCAGUUGGAUCAGGCCGUGCGAGCAAGCAGCAGUGGAGGUGCAGUCGGUUCCCGCUCUUCCUGUUGUCGCUCUUCUGGAAGAAGCUGCAUCAACGGAGGCAGAACUAGAAGCCGUGACUGUGGAUGCUUCAACCGGAUGCUCUCUGUCCACUGCUAAUCACUUCGGUUUGAAGCCCACUGGCUUCACUGAGCUCUUGGCAGCUGAGGAAUCCUCAGUGAAGAGAAGGGUUGGUAAGGAUCUCCCCAGCUGCCGUAAAGAAUGGAGCAUGGAGGUGAAGGGGUUUGGGAAGGCGGAGGAGGGACGGAUUGUCUCAAUCCAGCUGUUUGGGGAGGAAGAGGAGGAGGAAGAGGAUGGCAGUAGCAAGCAAAGUUUCAGGACCCUUGGGACUGGAACAAUGUGCUACAUGAAUCAGCUGUACAUGGAUGAGGAAGAGGAGAAGGAGAGGGAGGCAUUGGCAAUGUCAGGCAUUUCAGUCGGCAUCGGCAGGUUUGGAGCCAGGCGGAGAAUCACUGGCUCCAGCAGCCGGGUCACUCUUAGGAGAAUGAGUGGUGCGCUGAGACAAUAUUAG